AUGAAGUGCCUAGCAAUUCUCUUCUCUCUUGUGGCUUUUUCUGAAAGUUUUGUUCAAGUUCCCAUUUGGAAAGGAGAGAAACUUAGAGAUACUCUUAGUCAGAAACAUUUGCUAGAAAAUCUUCUACAGAAACAUCAUUAUGACAUUAGUACUAAGUACACCAAGUAUUCUCCAGCUGUUUUCAGUCCUGGUCAACUGGCUGAUGAACCACUCUUGAACUACUUGGAUGUCCAGUACUAUGGAAAAAUCUACAUUGGAACACCACCGCAGGAAUUCACUGUUGUGUUUGACACUGGAUCAUCAAAUCUCUGGGUACCAUCUAUUUUCUGCAAAAGUCCAGCAUGCAAAAACCAUCGACGAUUUAACCCAAACCUUUCUUCUACUUUCAAGAAGACAAGACAAUCUAUGGCCAUUUGGUAUGGCACAGGAAGCAUGAAAGGCAUGCUAGGAUAUGACACAGUGCAGGUGUCCAGCUAUAGUGAUACCAAUCAACCUUUUGGUUUGAGCACUGAAGAGCCAGGAAGCAUUUUUACCUAUGCAAAGUUUGAUGGCAUCCUGGGCUUAGCCUACCCCACAAUUUCAGUUGAUCAAGCAACUCCCGUCUUUGAUAAUUUGAUGAAAGAAGGUUUAGUGCAACAAGACUUGUUUUCUUUUUAUCUCAGCCGGAAAGAAACUGGGAGCAUGAUCACUUUUGGUGGAAUAGAUCAUUCUCAUUAUACUGGUUCUAUUAACUGGAUCCCUGUGAGUCAGCAAACAUACUGGCAGAUUUCAAUGGACAGUGUUCUAGUGAAUGGUCAGAAGAUUGCUUGCAAUAGUGGCUGUCAAGCAAUUGUUGAUACAGGUACCUCCCUCCUGGCUGGUCCAUCAUCCGACAUAAUUAGCAUCCUAAAAGCCGUUGGAGCUAAACCGGGGCAGUCUGUAAUCAACUGCAGCAGUUCCUCCAACCUUCCUGAUGUUGUUUUUGUGAUCAAUGGAAUCCACUAUCCACUGCCGCCAGCAGCUUAUACUCGCAAGUUUAUGUCAGACCUCUGCAGCACUAAUUUCCAACCAUCUAACGGAGAUCUCUGGAUUCUAGGAGAUGUGUUCAUAAGAGAAUACUACAGCAUUUUUGACAGAGGCAACAAUCGAGUUGGGCUGGCAAAGGCAAUCUAA